CGCUGGGCAUUGUGGCAGGCGGCGGGGGCCGGUGAGGGCGCCGGGGCCGCUAGGAGUGGCUGGGCGCGGAGAGGCGCGCUCCGGGACUCGGACGGCGCGGCGCCGGCCGCUGCGAGCGCCACUGAGCGCACUCCCCUCGGGUCGCGCAACUUCUCUGCCCGGGCGCCGGAGCCCGCAGAGCCGCUCGGAGCCCCGGAGCCGCAGGAGCGCAAAGAGGGGCGCGCCGGAGCCUGGCUCCGGAGUGGGCGCCCGGCACCCAUCGCGCUCCGAGCGCCGGGCGGCCCUCCGCGCAGCGUGGCUGCCGCUGCUCCCACCGAGGGCACGGGCUGGCUCGGCCCGGCGCCGGGGAGGACGGCGAGGAGGAGGCGGCGGCGGCGGAGACGGCGGCGGCGAGGCUGGGGCCAGGGAGAAAGCCCUGGGGGAGAGGCACCCGAGCCGGGCCGCGGGAUCAUGUGGGCCCGCAGCGGAACGCCGGGCGCUUUGCUGCUGGCGCUGCUACUCUGCUGGGACCCGAGGCUGAGCCAAGCAGGCCCUGACCCCGGCAGCCAGGUGCUGCCCGACUCCUUCCCGUCGGCGCCGGCCGAGCCGCUGCCCCACUUCCUGCAGGAGCCGCAGGACGCCUACCUGGUGAAGAGCAAGCCCGUGGAGCUGCGCUGCCGCGCCCGCCCCGCCACGCAAGUCUACUUCAAGUGCAACGGCGAGUGGGUCGGCCAGAAGGACCACGCCACGCAGGAGGGGCUGGACGAGGCCACUGGCCUGCGGGUGCGCGAAGUGCAGAUCGAGGUGUCGCGGCAGCAGGUGGAGGAGCUCUUUGGGCUGGAGGAUUACUGGUGCCAGUGUGUGGCCUGGAGCUCCGCGGGCACCACCAAGAGUCGCCGGGCCUACGUGCGCAUCGCCUACCUGCGCAAGAACUUCGACCAGGAGCCUCUGGGCAAGGAAGUGCCCCUGGACCACGAGGUUCUCCUGCAGUGCCGCCCCCCAGAGGGGGUGCCUGUGGCCGAGGUGGAAUGGCUCAGGAAUGAGGAUGUCAUCGACCCCACCCAGGACACCAACUUCCUGAUCACCAUCGACCACAACCUCAUCAUCCGCCAGGCCCGCCUGUCGGACACGGCCAACUACACCUGUGUGGCCAAGAACAUCGUGGCCAAGCGCCGGAGCACCACGGCCACCGUCAUCGUCUACGUGAAUGGCGGCUGGUCCAGCUGGGCAGAGUGGUCGCCCUGCUCCAACCGCUGUGGCCGAGGCUGGCAGAAGCGCACCCGGACCUGCACCAACCCCGCCCCGCUCAACGGAGGUGCCUUCUGCGAGGGCCAGGCCUUCCAGAAAACCGCCUGCACCACCGUGUGCCCAGUGGAUGGGGCCUGGACAGAGUGGAGCAAGUGGUCGGCCUGCAGCACCGAGUGCGCCCACUGGCGCAGCCGCGAGUGUAUGGCGCCCCCGCCCCAGAACGGAGGCCGCGACUGCAGCGGGACCCUGCUGGACUCCAAGAACUGCACGGACGGGCUGUGCAUGCAGAAUAAGAGGACUCUAAGCGACCCCAAAAGCCACCUCCUGGAGGCCUCAGGAGAUGUGGCCCUGUACGCGGGCCUCGUGGUGGCCAUCUUGGUGGUGGUGGCAGUCCUCAUGGCCGUGGGCGCCGUGGUGUACCGCCGCAACUGUCGCGACUUCGACACGGACAUCACGGACUCGUCCGCUGCCCUCACUGGGGGCUUCCACCCAGUCAACUUCAAGACUGCGAGGCCCAGCAACCCUCAGCUCCUGCACCCCUCGGUGCCCCCCGACCUGACAGCCAGCGCUGGCGCCUACCGUGGGCCAGUGUACGCCCUGCAGGACGCGGCCGACAAGAUCCCCAUGACCAACUCGCCCCUGCUCGACCCCCUGCCCAGCCUCAAGAUCAAGGUCUACAGCUCCAGCACCACUAGCUCCGGGCCCGGCCGGCCAGACGGGGCCGACCUGCUGGGAGUCACCUACCCGCCGGGCACCUACCCUGGCGACUUCUCCCGAGACGCACACUUCCUGCACCUGCGCAGCGCCAGCCUGGGCUCCCAGCAGCCCCUGGGCCUGGCCCGGGACCCGGGCAGCAGCGUCAGCGGCACCUUCGGUUGCCUGGGCGGGAGGCUCAGCAUCCCGGGCACAGGGGUCAGCCUACUGGUGCCCAAUGGAGCCAUUCCCCAGGGCAAGUUCUACGAGAUGUACCUGCUUAUCAACAAGGCGGAAAGCACCCUCCCGCUGUCAGAAGGGACCCAGACAGUACUGAGCCCCGCGGUGACCUGCGGGCCAACGGGCCUCCUGCUGUGCCGCCCGGUCAUCCUCACGGUGCCCCACUGUGCAGAGGUCACUGCUGGCGACUGGAUCUUCCAGCUCAAGACCCAGGCCCACCAGGGCCACUGGGAGGAGGUGGUGACCCUGGACGAGGAGACCCUGAACACCCCCUGCUACUGCCAGCUGGAGGCCAGGUCCUGCCACGUCCUGCUGGACCAGCUGGGCACCUACGUCUUCACGGGCGAGUCCUACUCCCGCGCGGCCUGCAAGCGGCUGCAGCUGGCCAUCUUCGCCCCGGCCCUGUGCACCUCCCUGGAGUACAGCCUCAGGGUCUACUGCCUCGAGGACACGCCCGUGGCCCUGAAGGAGGUGCUAGAGGUGGAGCGGACGCUGGGGGGCUACCUGGUGGAGGAGCCCAAGCCCCUGCUGUUCAAGGGCAGUCACCACAACCUGCGCCUCUCCCUGCACGACGUCCCCCAUGCCCACUGGAGGAGCAAGCUGCUGGCCAAGUACCAGGAGAUCCCCUUCUGUCACAUCUGGAGUGGCAGCCAGAAGGCCCUGCACUGCACGUUCACCCUGGAGCGGCACAGCCUGGCCGCCACCGAGCUCACCUGCAAGAUCUGCGUGCGGCAGGUGGAAGGGGAGGGCCAGAUAGUCCAGCUGCACACCACGCUGGCCGAGACUCCUGCUGGCUCCUUGGAUGCCCUCUGCUCUGCGCCCGGCAGCGCCGUCACCACCCAGCUGGGACCCUAUGCCUUCAAGAUCCCGCUGUCCAUCCGCCAAAAGAUAUGCCACAGCCUCGAUGCCCCCAGCUCGAGGGGCAGUGACUGGCGGCUGCUGGCGCAGAAGCUCUCCAUGGACCGGUACCUGAAUUACUUUGCCACCAAAGCGAGUCCCACGGGCGUGAUCCUGGACCUCUGGGAAGCUCUGCAGCAGGACGACGGGGACCUCAACAGCCUGGCGAGUGCCUUGGAGGAGAUGGGCAAGAGCGAGAUGCUGGUGGCCAUGGCCACUGACGGGGACUGCUGAGUGCCCAGAACCACGGGCCAUCAGGGACAGGCGGAGGCCGUGCACGGAGGCCGGGGCAGCCUCCUCAUGGAGGCCGACAGUGGAGUUGCCCCCGCUCCUCCCCCGUCCGACCACAACCAGCCUUAGAAAAGCCACGCCCUGCGCUGCCCAAAGGGCCGGUGCUCCUAGCCUGCUGCCUCCCCUGGCAUCACUCCCCAUGGGAGCUGGGGCAGGCCCUGGGCACUUCUCGGGGCCAGGAGGUGGCCCUUCCUCCACCCACCUCCUGCGUCCCUGGGGUCGGUUCCGUUCUCACACUCCCUCUCCCUCCGCCGCGGACUCCUCCAGCCCCACUCCCUCUCCCUCUCCCCCCGGUCCCCACAGUCCAGGCCAUCGCUCCCCGUCCACAGGCAAGAAGGGAAGGAGGGCAAGCAGGCGCCUCGGGCCAGCAGGGCCAGGAA